AUGUUAACCUGUGUCGGAAUUGGUACCUUCACCGGCUCCGUCUUUCUGAUCGUCCUGCUCUUCGUCGCAGGCGACAUCACCGACGUGGUGAGCUCAAAAGCAGGGCCUCUGCUGCAGAUUCUUCUCCACGCGACCCAAAAUACUGCCGGCGCGAUAUGUCUGCUCAUGUUACCUCUCGUUUGUCUGGUCUUCGCCACACUCAGCGUGAUGACGACGAGUAGUCGGAUGAUUUUUGCAUUCGCUCGGGACGGUGGUCUCCCCGCAUCGCGAUUCUUCGCCCAUGUCCACCAGAGACUCGGACUACCUCUGAAUGCACUGGCAUUGACCACAUUAGUCGUUAUAAUAUUCGGUCUGAUCUUCCUUGGGUCUUCAAGAAUACCCAACUAA